AUGGCAUAUCCAAUACCACAACCGCCGACGGUGCCCAUCCUCGGAAAUGUCUGGGACUUGGACCCAAAGAAUUCCAUGCAGAGUCUUGUCCAUCUAGGAGAGAAAUACGGGCCUAUUUUCAAAUUAUCCUUGGUUGGACGGGAUCGAUAUUUCGUCACGUCGGCGGCCUUGCUCGACGAACUUUGUGACGAACGUCGAUUCUGCAAAGCGGUUUCUGGAGGACUCCAGGAAGUGCGACACGGCGUCAAAGAUGGACUCUUCACUGCCUACAAUGGCGAACACAACUGGGAAGUUGCCCAUCGAACAUUAGUGCCGGCAUUUGGACCUAUUGGCAUCCAUGACAUGUACGAUGAGAUGUACGAUAUUGCGACACAACUGGUUGCAAAGUGGGCACGAGUUGGAUCCGACGAGAAGAUCAACGUGACUGACGACUAUACUCGCCUAACCUUGGAUUCCAUUGCUCUCUGUGCCAUGUCAAAACGAUUCAACUCCUUCUAUUCCGAGACGAUGCACCCUUUCGUCAACGCGAUGGUUGGCUUCCUUCUCGAAAGUGGUCGACGGGCGUCGCGCACCCGUCUAGAAUCCUUGUUCAACAGAGCGGCAGCUCGGAAAUUCGAAGAAGACAUAGCGACCAUGCAAAGCGUCGCGGAAGAAGUGAUCGCGUACCGAAAAUCUAAUCCAACCGACAAAAAGGACCUUUUGAAUGCCAUGCUGUACGGAAAAGAUCCCAAGACCGGCGAACGCCUCACGCACGAAAGCGUCGUGAACAACAUGAUUACGUUCCUGAUUGCGGGCCACGAGACCACGUCCGGAAUGCUUUCCUUUGCCACCUAUUACCUGGUCAAGAAUCCGGACAUCAUGAGGAAAGCCCAGGCGGAGGUCGAUGCUGUGGUCGGUAAAGGCCCGGUGUCGGUUCAACACAUGUCAAAGCUACCGUACCUCGAAGCCAUCCUCAGAGAAACUCUUCGACUUCAGCCAACGGCCCCGGCGUUCCAAAUCCGGGCGCUGGACACCGUCGCGGGCCCUACCGUGCUUGGUGGUAAAUAUCAUAUCCCACACGAGGCGUCGAUAGUGGCCCUUUUGCCCAGCAUCGGUAGGGACCCCGAAGUCUUUGGUCCGGACUGCAAUGACUUUGAUCCCGAAAGAAUGAACGCAGAAAACUUUGCAAAACUACCAAAGAAUGCAUGGAAGCCAUUUGGAAAUGGAGCCAGAGGAUGUAUCGGCCGACCGUUUGCCUGGCAAGAAGCAAUCUUGACACUUGCUCUUGUUCUGCAAAACUUCAACCUGAGAGGCGACGAUCCUUCGUAUCAACUCCAGAUCAAGCAAACCCUGACCAUCAAACCCGACAACUUCUUCAUCCGGGCGACGUUGCGGGACGGCAUUGACCCUUUGAAGCUCGAGAAGAAGAUGUACGCCGCUCCAGCAGAAUCGAACGAUGCUGCUGCUGUGCAAAAAAAUCAUCAUGGAGCCGUCAAAUCGGCCGAUGCGGGCAAGCCCAUGUUGGUUCUGUAUGGUUCCAACUCUGGAACCUGCGAAGGACUCGCGCAGAGCCUCGCCGGCAGUGCUGGAAAUCGAGGGUAUUCCGCGACCGUCAAAUCACUUGACGCGGCCGUUGAUCAGUUACCGACCAAGCAGCCCGUCGUGGUCAUCACUGCGAGCUACGAGGGCAACCCACCCGACAACGCGGGCGUCUUUGUUGAAUGGCUGCAGAAUGUGCCCUCCGAAGAGAAGCUCAAGGACGUCCAGUUCGCCGUCUUUGGCUGCGGCCAUCACGACUGGGUGACGACGUACCAGAAAGUGCCCAAACUCGUCGACACCGAGCUUUCUCGCCGGGGCGCGCAGCGGAUCGCCAGCCGCGGCGAGUCCGACGUUGCGCUUGGGACCAUCUUUGAUGAUUUCGAUGUCUGGCAGGACGAGAACCUGUGGCCUGCGCUCUCUGCGGACGCUGACCCUGCAGAAGACGUCGCGGAGGGUCUCGACAUGGAAAUCAGCACCACCACUCGCGCGUCACAUCUACACCAUAAGGUCAUGGAUGCCCUCGUGGUGGAGAAUGUACGACUGACGUCGGCCGAUUCCCCAGAGAAACGAAACACCACCUUCAAACUGCCCACGAACCUGACCUACGAGGCUGGCGACUACCUCGCCGUGUUGCCCGUCAACGCUGUAUCGACCAUCUCGAGGGUCCUCCGACGAUUUGGGCUGCCCUGGGACGCCAUGAUGACGCUGCAAAAGGGGUCACAUACGACCAUCCCCACCGAGGUCGCCAUGCCCGUCACGGCGGUUUUGGGUGCUUACGUCGAGCUCAAUAGCGUGGCGACACGAAAAAACGUCACGACGCUCGUCAAGUAUACCGGUGCCAGCGAUGAGAAUCUGGCCGAGGAACUCGCCGCCACGACGGGACAGCUAUCGGUGCUGGAGAUUCUCGAGAAACAUCCCACUCUCAAAGUGUCGUUCCCGGUUUUCUUGUCCAUGUUGACCCCGAUGCGUAUCCGACAAUACUCCAUCUCCUCCUCACCCCUGAACAACCCGACCGAGGCGAGCAUCAUGUAUUCGGUGGUGAAUUCUUCUGGAUCUGGCACUGGCACUGGCACUGGCACUACCACGGGCCCGCGCAUCGGUGUGGCCACCAAUUAUCUAAAGUCCCUACAACCCGGGUCGACCGUACAGAUCAUGAUCAAAAAAUCACACGCUUCAUUUCAUUUACCGCGUGACCCCAAGACCCCCAUCAUCAUGGUAUGUGCCGGGACGGGGCUCGCGCCUUUUAUGGGUUUCGUACAAGAACGUACCGCUAGAUUUGCGGCGGCGGCGACGGCCACAGGUGUUGGUGGUGGUGGUGGUAAUAACGGCGGUGGUGAUGGUGCAUCGGCAAGUGAGAACAACAAUUUUGGAGAAGCCGUGUUGAUCAUAGGUUGUCGACACCCCGAACAAGACCGACUUCAUGCAAAACAACUGGCCGAGUGGCACGACAAGGGUGUCGUCAAGGUGUUUUACGCCUACAGUCGGGACCCGGAAAGUUCGGACGGCUGCAAGUACGCCCAGGACCGGCUCUGGCGCGAGAGGGAAGUGGUGAGUGACUUGUUCGACAAAGGCGCCAGGGCUUACAUCUGCGGGAGCAGCGCCCUCGGCAAAGGUGUGGGACAGGUCGCGGCCAGGAUGGCGGUCGAGGGGGCACGGAAACGGGAGGGCAAGGAAAUCACCUUGGACAAAGGUCUGGAGUGGUGGGAAGGACUUCGAGGUGAGAGAUAUGCCGUCGACGUUUUUGACUGAGACCAAAUAUACCCACCCCGCUUCAGGGCUUUAGUAUGCGCACCAAUCCGUACCUAGGAAGGAAGAGUGUACAAAUCUAGAUAGAUUAGAGUAAUUUUAUACAAG